CGCGCACUCGUGUGGGAGAGAGCGCGCUCAGAGGCGGUCCAGUGUGUCACAUUCUCUCGCAGUCAAAGCCGAAAACGAAAAGCAACGGAGAAUCGGGAGACGGGGAACAUUAUACGGAAUAUACUUUGGACCUUAUAGCUGAUUUCUUCAACUGUUGUGUGAUCGCGCUUUUGAAAAGCAUGUCCAGCGAGGUGCAGCCGAGGCCGGACCACAGCCCCAACACCAGCGGGGGCAGCUCAGACACGGAGCAGCGGGAGGCCGCCCCCGCCGAGCUUGAGGGCCAGCCCCAGGGCCAGAGCCAGAGCCAGGGCACGGAGCAGCGCGACCAGGCCCAGCCCAAGAAGAAGGAGGCCAAGAUCUCCAGCAAGACCGCCGCCAAGCUCUCCACCAGCGCCAAGAGGAUCCAGAAGGAGCUGGCAGAGAUCACCUUGGACCCACCGCCAAAUUGCAGCGCUGGUCCAAAAGGGGACAACAUCUAUGAGUGGCGCUCCACCAUCCUGGGCCCCCCGGGCUCGGUGUACGAAGGGGGGGUCUUCUUCCUGGACAUCGCCUUCACGCCAGACUACCCCUUCAAACCCCCCAAGGUGACGUUCCGCACCAGGAUCUACCACUGCAACAUCAACAGCCAGGGGGUGAUCUGUCUGGACAUCCUGAAGGACAACUGGAGUCCCGCCCUCACCAUCUCCAAGGUCCUGCUGUCCAUCUGCUCUCUGCUCACCGACUGCAACCCCGCGGACCCCCUGGUGGGCAGCAUCGCCACACAGUACCUGACCAACAGAGCGGAGCACGACAGGAUAGCCAAACAGUGGACCAAGCGUUACGCCACAUAGACUCUGGGGGACCCCCUGCACCCCCUGGCCCGUCUGUUUUCGGACCACAACACCCCUUCCCCCUCCCCCUCACACAGACACACACACACACACACACGCACACCUCAAGCCCCACAACCCAUACUCUCACACACACACACACACACACACACACACACACACACACACACAC